AUAAGCUCACCUAACAACCGGUUUUGUGCCCCUAGAAAUCAAGAAACAGAGCCAAAACUAGGAAGGGAUUGGAAUCAAUGCAGGAUUGAAGUUAAAUCAAAUGCCUCAGGAUCCCCCGUCAACCCUCACACGUGACCCUUGGUAUUUAUGGCUAGUCGAACCACGGUUUGCAUUCGAAUUGGCUUACCUAGAAGCUCCUAAAAUCUAGAUUCUGCUCACAGGGUGCCCCCUUUCUUGCUCCAAUUAAUCAUGAACAUGAUGCGCGCCAAAAGAACCAACACACAGCCCUUAGAGGAUGCCUCUACUGCUCCCGCAACCUUCAACGAUGGUCUCCCCCUCCCAAAGCUGAUCGCCUUUGAUCUGGAUUACACUCUGUGGCCAUUCUGGGUGGAUACACAUGUCAGCGCCCCGAUUAAGCCACGGGAUAAUAAUUCCCGGUGUACUGACAGGUGGAAUGAGUCGUUCGCCUUCUACCCCGCGGUAUCAGCAAUCAUCUAUGCAUGCAAAACUCACUCAAUUCCGCUAGCUCUGGCUUCCCGGACCCAUACUCCCGACCUUGCUCGGGACAUGCUCAAGGCGCUUCACAUUAUUCCAACAUUUUCUGAUAACCCCGCAGCUAAGGCGAAAUCAGUCCGUGCCUUAGACUAUUUUACAUACGUUCAGAUUUUUCCGGCGAACAAGACACAGCACUUCUCGAAGAUUCACCAGGCUAGCGGAAUCAACUAUGAGGACAUGCUCUUCUUCGAUGAUGAGGCGCGCAAUCGGAACGUUGAGACAGAGCUUGGGGUCACAUUUUGUCUCGUUCGAGACGGCAUGACCAAAGAAGAGGUUGAUAGAGGUGUCUGGGCAUGGCGUAAAAGGAAUGGAAUCAAGCCUACCGCGCUAAAGGGGGAUAAUGGCGAGCUGGCGAAUUGAACAGACCUUUCGGAGAAUGAGCGUUGGCAUUGGCAUUGGUUUUCUUGACUACACUUUUUAUGAAGAUAC